UGGAGGGGCAUUAUUAUUAUUUAUAUGCAUUACUAUCUCUAUUUUAUUAUGUUUUGUCAUUAUUGCACAAAUUUUAUAAAUAUUCCAAGUAUAAUUAGAUAUUUUAUAAUUUUAAGUUUGAAAUCGAUUGAACAACACAAACUGUACAAAUAUAAAUGUUAAUUUAUCAAUUUAAAAUAUUAAUUAUUACCAAAUAUUGUACAAAACAUAAAUAAGGAGAUGUAAUUUUAUCUUAAAAAAAUUUUAUUUUUCGAGAUUAUCAUUCUUGUAGCGAAUGAGCGAUAUGUAUAAAAGACAGAUAAAAAAAAUCAUGUGUAAUUAAAUAUAUAUAAUAAAUAUAUAUAAUUUAGAUAGCACUUAUUAAUAAGUGUUUUCCUAUCAAUCCUUUUUUAUAAAAAAACCUUUCAAGAGGAUUUAAUGUAGCAAGAAGAGCUCUCUGGCGACAUAAAACGAUAUUUGAAAUCAGAACACAUAUGUCGGUAACAUAGAAUUCUAGUGUACAGAAGAUAUACAUAGAUGUACUCUCUCCUCGCAUAAAAAUGUCAAAAACCUCAAUAUUGUAUGUACAGUAUUAUAUUUUUAUAUAUACAUUAUAAAUGUAUAAAAAGAGGAACGCAAAAGAAUUAACAAUGCAUGUAAAAAAUAUACUUUGUUUUUAUACGCAUUAUUAAUUUUUUCACUGUGUAUGUAUGUGUAUGUAUAUACUUGUGUUUUUAUAUGAUAUUUAAUAUUUAUAAUAAAUAAUUGCAAAAAAAUUUCAAAUAAAUGUUCUGCAUAUCGAUUAAAGUAAUUAAUCGUAUAUUUCUAAAUACUGAUUGAAAUUUCGUUUUAUUAAAUCAGAAAAAUUUCAAUGUUUCUAUUCGUGAGACAAAUAAUACUUACAAGUUAUUAAAUGUCAUGCAGCAUCAAAUUUAAAUGUGUAUAAAUUCAUUGUAUCAUUAUUAAUCCAUUUCAUUUUAAAAAAGUUUUAAAUUGUUUUCAUACUCAAUUAAGAUGUUAAACAAAAAAAAAAAAAAAGAUUUUUAUCUCGAGUGCAAAAUGAUGGUCCACGGUGCUACUACAGUUCGCAAGAAAUCCCAACUGAUUUCGAGCAGUCCAUUCUUACAUUCUAUUAGCCAAGACACGUUGCCACAAAUUCCACUGUCACGAACCGAUAUUAAUACUCAGUUCCACGUCGUAUAAUCGCUGAAGAAUUGAAUGUAGGUAGGAUCCCGUCUCUUUAGUAUAUUUACAGUUAAUGUUUAUGCGCAUAUUUUUAUGCGAUUUACCAUCUUGGUCACUUAAUAGGCGUAGAAUGUGUUCCAAUUAAUUCUGAAUUAUAUUUGCGACACACAUCAUCCGCCAUUCCUUUUCAACACUGUCUUAUGUAAUAUCCAAACCUCAUGAAAUCAUCGAUCGCAUUUUAGUACAUGUUAUUAUACGGGAGAUUAAACGCUCCUAGUUUUGGCUCCACUUUAUUCUAGUAGAAUUCUUAGAAUAUCCGGGAAGGUAUGAGAGACAUCAAUUGAGAGUACACAUAUCUUGAAACUUCUUGCCGUGAUAAUGAUUCUUCCUUCCCGUUUCUAUAAAGUUGUUCUUCUACGUUCCUCUUCUAUCCAACGUUAUAUAUAUUAAGUGAUAAUUGAAUGAUUUUUGUUUCCCCUUCUUCUAGAAAGGGCAAUAUAAGCUAUAUAUAUGUCUUCCAAUCAUCAUGAUUUUUCUUCUUCUUGAGGGCUUUUUUACGAGGAUCUUUGCGCUUAUUUUAUUCCCCUUUUUACCCUAUAAAUAUAUAUAUAUAUAUAUAUAUAUAUACAUGUUACAUAUACACAUGUGCUUUAUGAUGCGCAAUUACAACAUAUCAGCACGAAGAUAAGAAAAUCCUAUGGUGCUGAAAUUAAAGACUCGUCCACAAAUAUAUCACCACCUUUUUUCUCUCUCACUCCGUUCAUGAUGAAUUGUGUGAUGUACAACAAAUAUAAUAUUAGAAAAUUCGUUGUACAAAUCGAAUGCCAAUUUCUCCAUCAUAGGGACACAGCUUUCUUCUCUUCUAUCACUUUAAACGACCAUUUGCACACACACUUUGGACUCACUAGAGAAAGGAGUAAGGCGCACAUAUGCUUAUGUAAUCAGUUAUUAAUUAACUACCGACUUCCUGGUGAUAACCGUGCCAAAGAUCUUGGCAGUAGCAUCCACUGGAAUCUGAGGAGCGCGGUAUAGCUGAAAGAAAGAUGAAUGAAAAUUGCCGCCAAUUCUUGACAACGAAUCCGUGUCCCGCGUUCGUGAUGAUGUAUGAACAGGAUCUCGUUGCUCAUGACGAUCCCUGAGUAGCGUCAGACCACCUGAUCGAAGUACAUUCUGACACGUCUUAUAAAGAACACGAUGUACAAACAAGCACUUGCGAGAAAAUUCAGUCAAGUAUACGAAUACACAUUUAAUCGGACGCAUCUUCAUCGACUAUUUUGUAUCGAAAAAUGAAAUAAAAUAAUGUAACAUCAAAACAAUUUAUAUGUAAGUUAUGCAUAAGGGUAAUAAAAUUAUAAUAAAAAUUUUAAGUGAUAGUCGUUUAUGAUGAUGAUACUCUAGCGGAAUUUUGAGCAAAGAAACUCGCAAAAAAAAAUCAAUGUCAAAGACUCACAGUUACCCUCAGUAUUAUUUACCAGUGGUUUACCGUAUGGUAAAAAGUAUUGGUUAUUACAAUUGAAUAAUACUUAAUAUCGCAAUUAUUACAAGUUAUUAUUAUUGCAAGUAUAUAAAAUAAUUUAUAAACUACAUUUAAUGUAAAUGUUAACACUUAUAUGUGGGAAAAGUAUGCAUUAGCUGAAAAAAUUAUUACAGUCGGCAAAGUAGACUUCGGUAGAUCAAGAUGCUAGCAUCCUUAUUGAGGAGAGGAACAUUGCAUGUAUGUACCAUAAGCCCAUACACUAAACUGUUGAUACCAUUGGAAAAUGACCUUACCAUCCUCGUCGGUAAAGAAGAUUUCUUAGGGUAUGAUAAAAUAGUAUGCUAUGGUUAGAAGAGAUCUACAAUUCCAAGAGAAAAGUAAAAAAAAAGCGUCUAAAACUUCCCCGGAUGUAUAUCCUAUUUUCGAUAUUCGUGUCAAAGAGCUUUAAACUCGCCCUUCAUUAAUAUUUUUCUAAUUUAAUUAAUUUUGAUUAAAACUUAUAUUUUUCCACACAAAUUAUGAAUAUGUGAAUUAUAAAUUAGAAAAUAUACUCGCAAAAGAUUUAUUUACGUAUCUCAUUAAUUUAUUUAAAAUCUUUUUUACAAAAAAUUUAUGUAUCUGCGAUUUUUAAUAUUUCAUAUUUCAAUGCUUCUACGUUAAUAUACGGCAUAGCAUGUGUGAGUGGAUUAAUAUUUCUCACUCACUAUUCGAAAACAUUAGAAGGUCGUGUUUGUCAUUACAAGUGCUCGUGCGAAGAGAUUAUAUGUACAUACAUACAAGUGAAUAGUAUGGCAGAGGAUAUACCAGCAGGACAAUUUUAGUUGUCGGUUGACGUCGUAACGGUUCGCAACGGUUAAAGUGGCUCUUGUACUUUUAUUAUAAUCCAGGUAAUACCGGCGUGAAAGUGAAAUCUCAUUGUAAAAAAUAGUAAAUCAUAUUCGAUUUAAUUGGGUGCGCUUUUCAAGAAAAUGAAGAAAUUGUGAUCACUUGUUUUCCAAACGUAACAAUGUCCCUCAAAUAUCCAUUUAUAGAUAGCUAACUGGACUCUAAGAUUACAUUUUUUUCGCCAAUAUACAUUAUCUCCGACAGAAAACGCGAAUGUCCCCCACAAUUUAAACAAAAAAAUCCUAUAAACUUGCAAAGUGCACAAGCUGAGAAUUCCUUGAUUUCAAUAUAAUUACAAACGCGUUUUUUUUCCUCUCUAUUUCAAAUAAUUCAAACGGGACACAUGCAAAAUGCUGAGCAAAAGAAUGUGUAAAACACUGACAAUCAAAGGUCGAUUUAACUGAGAUCUUAUAAAUAUCACAUUCGAUCUAUACACAUUAUGUAUCUCUAAUUCUAAUUAAAUGAUGUUAUCAUGAUAGUUUCAAUCACGAAGAAUUCACUGAAAAAAGAUCGAGGACAACACUAAGCAAAAAUGGCAUUGACGUUAGCACUACCAUUAUUCGGUCUAGACCCAGAGCACUUUUCCACAUUGAGCAUGAAACUUCUUAAUAUUGAUUGUGAACAGAAUUUAAGAAAUUUGUCAGAUUCUGGACGAAUUUCUCCGAGUAGUGGAAGCGAAUCUAGCGGCAUCAGCAGUCUCGCAACAUCCGCCGAAUCGGCUUCAGUUGAAUUAACGCCGUUCUCAUCGAGAGCAGAGACACCCAUUAAAACACCGUGCAAGAGCCAGGAAAAGAGGACUGUACAAUCUGUACGCAUAGUGUACGAAGGCCGCGAUAUACUGAAUUUGGGAGCAAACAUCAGGUCAUCAUUCGACUGGCAAAUGAAAGAUCGAACGUUGUCUCGACAUAACAUUCAAGAUUUUAUAAGUAAUCGCCUGAUAUAUCAUCGAUUACGCGAACAACCAUCUAUCAAGAAUUAUAAUAUACCGAAACUUUGUCACGAAUGCGAAUUUUACGAGCCACCGUCCAUCUUUUGAUAUUGACUUAACCGUAACGAAGCGAUUAACGACAUCGACGUACAACGUCCAACGUCUUGAAUAACUGUGAUAGACCGAAUAAGCGGCAGCCGGAUGGAGACGUAUCGUAAAUCGAGGAACGUAUAAACAUAUAAAUCUAAUAUCUAAAUUAGAAUCUGAAAUGUGAUAUUUGUAAUAUAAAACGUGAAUAUUAAAAUAAUUAAAAUAUUCGCGUAAAUUAAUGAUAAAUUAUUAUUGAUAAAGUUAUCUAGUGACAGAUAUCUAUAAAUUAUUUAAAAGGUAUACGUUGCCUUGCCGGAUACGAGCUGCACAAUAAUCAUUAACUCUCCUAGUAUGAUAUCAUAAGAUGUGGUGAAAUUACAUCAGCUAACAAAUUUUGCAUUGAAAUAAAAAUAAUUGUUAGUCAUUUAAUGCCACUGUGGUGCCUAGACACUAUAUAUAUAGUUUAUAUAAUCUUUUAUAUUAUAUGAUACAAUGCAAAAUUAAUUUUCUCUGCUAAAGUAAAUUUACCUCAUCUUGCAACAUUCCCUUUUUAUUUUCAAUAUAUGAUGUAUAUGUAUGUCUAAUUAUAUUUCGGACGAAUAACUAAUGCGUAAGAAGUCAGUUCUUUACAAAACUAACCCGAAUAUAAAUAAUAUAUUGUGUCAUCAAAAGAUUAAACAAUAUCAAAACUCUUACGCACGAUAUGACGACCUGAAAUAAAUUAAACAUUUAACUAGAAAAACGAUUAUAAAUUUAUAACUCGCAGGCAUAAUGAGUGAAAACUUGCAUGUCGCCCAAAGAUCUAUCUUUAUAUAUUUUUUAUCCAAAUUUAUCAAUUUAAAGAUAUAUCUUAUUAUUCUAUUAUUAUUCUAUUGUCAAGGUUAUCAUUGGUGAUCAUGUAAUGUUUCGUUUUUCAUGUAAUGUUUCGUAAUAUCCAUACCAAAAAACAAACGUCAUUGCGCUUUGUAGGGCAUCAUUGUCGACUGACGUACCGAUAGAUUUAUCGUGUUUCAGGUAGUAGUACGAACGAUCGGCAAUUUUUCAAAACGGCCGAAAAUCUGUCGUUACAUUUUCGCGGUAAAUGUAAUACCUACUCGUAGGAUAUAAAUACGUAUUUCUACGACGGCAUUGCAUAUAUAUACCUUGACCAUUGUUUAAAUGCGUGAUAAACAAUAUUUUAUAUAUCUCAAUGCGUUAUUAAUUAUACAUUUACAUUAAGUAAAAUCAUAUUAUGAAACGUUCGCGAGGAAUAUAUAAAUAAGUAUGUAGCCCUCUCUCUUCUGUGACAUUUUAUACAUUUAGUUUUCAUAAAAAAAAGAGGGGGCAAUUCUUUUCCCAGGUUAACACUCUGUACACAGGCUCUGAUAAUUUUCCCGCAAACUUCUUGUCUUUGAGAUACAUUACCACUGUAAUUAAAACACAUUAAUAUACAACUUUUUUAAAACAAUUAUACAAGUACUUUUUAACGAGAUAUUAAAGUGCAUGUAAGAGUCAUUUAAAAAUUUGUUUUAUAUUGUCAUAUAAAAAUAAUAAUAAUUAACUCAAAAGUAUCGUAAUAGAGAAAAGGUGUUUGGAAAGGGUGCCGAAAAAUGUGUAUACAGUGUUAAAAAUAUCGCCGCGAUGUAACAUAGCGGGCUAGUAGCGAUACUUGAGCCAGACCGAAGAUGAAACGCUCGGCGAAUUAGCGCAUAAAUUCGCGCGAAAGGCAUUAGUGCCGUUUCACAAGGCCGCAUAAGGGGGUUGAUCGCUCGGACCCUCGUGCUUCUGCAUUGUUUCAGCUCGAGCGUAACACCCGGCGUGGCGCUGUGUAGUUCGAUCCACAAUCCCGCCCGAACACUCACACUCCUUAACGAGAAAGACCACACUCGCGAGACUUGCGACCGUACAACACGCGGUAUUUCUCCGAUCAUUACGCGCAUCCAGAAAAAGAUGGACAAAUUAUUAAAAAGAGAAACAGAAAUAUAUUGUAAGAAAAUAAUAUAAAAAUACCAAUCUCUCGCUAUAACAGCGUACUUUCCAAGUUUUUCUGCGAUGCACGGCAUUACUUUAGACGAGUGUUAUAUCCCCAUUGCUUGUUAUAACAAUUACAAACGCUAAUACAUGUCAAAUUGCUUCUCUCGUUCAUUGAUCGAAAUUAAGAAUGAUGUUUCCCGUCCGCCGAUUUUUCCACCGUUAGGCCUCGAUAUUUACUAAAUCCGCCACUGGUAUGUGCGUUUAUAUCGCUUGCAUGUAUUCCGCGCGGGGGUAUGCGAGAACCUUUCAGCGGCUACACGCGUGCGUGUACGUACAUCGGUGCACGCGCGCGCGCGUAAAAGCGCCCCGUCCGUGCGUGCACGCGCGGAUGCGUGGGUGCGUGCAACGCGCGAGAGAUGCGCAGGACGACUAUUCAGAUAUUGUUGUUAUUGUUGAGGGAACAAUCGCCCGUCAAUAGGCCGCCUCGGCACAAUGUAUCUAUUCAGGUGCGGUCAGCGGUGCUCAAUCGAUCAGGGAUCCACCCUUUGCGAGUGUCGAAAAAGCACCGCGGAGACCAAUGAGGGAUCGUCGUCAGUCAGUUUCGCGACGCACAUCACGGAAUGUCCCACUCUUUUAACUAGAACCUAAGCAUGAAGAAAGUAGGUGUGUUUAUUUUCUUCAUACUUCAGGAGAGCGAUUCCGUGACUAGCUUGUGCGUUUCUACUUAUAGAACAUGAUACAAAAUAGGUUUGAUCUUUACAUUUAUAAGUGAAAUAAAUUUGUCAAAUUAGUUUAAACUUUUAAUAUUGAGAAGUGAUUUAUUUAUUGACUCUGCGAGAGAUAUAUUAAUCAACAUUCUAGUUAUAGUAAAGUGCAUAUGUCAGUGUACACGUAUGUUUUUUAUAAUAAUCAUUCUUACAUUUUUUUACCGUAGAAACUAAUGUUUUACUUUUGAAUGAUUUAAUGGUUACUGUAUCAGAAUAGGUAGGGUCAAUAGGCGAAUCGAGAGUGUGCAUGUAACGUGUGAUUGUGGCGAGAUCAUUAUAAAAAUUUAGAA